CUAAAACAGCCUUAUAUGACAAACAUAUUACAAAGCCUCCCACUUUUGGAUGCUAAAAGAAUGGGAAAUGCAACGUUGAUAGAACGUUGAAUUUCCGAGGAACAAACAAAAACAAAAAACAAGAAGAAGAAGAAAAAAAAGAUCAACAAGAGCAAGAGAAAAAAGAACAAAGUGAAUCGUAUACCAUGGCGCCAAGCAAGAUCAGACGAGCAUUAGGGGCAGUGAAGGACAAGACAAGCAUAGGUUUGGCGAAAGUUGGAAGCAGCACUUCGUUGUCUGAUUUAGAAGUAGCCAUUGUGAAAGCUACAAGACAUGAAGAGUACCCAGCCGAAGAACGACACGUCCGAGAGAUUCUUAGCCUCACCUGCUAUUCACGAGCGUACAUAAGCGCAUGCGUAAACACGCUAUCAAGGAGAUUGAACAAAACAAAGAAUUGGACAGUGGCACUCAAAACCUUAAUGUUAAUCCAACGCUUGGUGUCGGAGGGCGACCCGGCAUACGAGCAAGAGAUCUUUUUUUCCACAAGGCGUGGGACUAGAUUCUUGAAUAUGUCUGAUUUUAGAGAUACUUCUCAAUCAAAUUCUUGGGAUUAUUCUGCUUUUGUUCGUACUUACGCUUUGUAUCUUGAUGAAAGGCUUGAGUUUAGGAUGCAAAGUCGAAGAGGGAGAAGGAGUGCCUUUGGAUUGGAUGAAGAAGAUGAACACCAUCACCACCACCAACAACAACAGCAACAUAUUAAUAGCAGCAGUAGUAAUAACAACGAGGACAACAAUGACAAUGACAAUAAUGAUGAGGAAGACCACAGCAAAGCCAUCAUCGUAAGAGCCACACCGAUGCGAGAUAUGACGUCCGAACAAAUAUUCUCGAGGACACAGCAUUUGCAACAACUUCUUGAACGCUUUUUGGCUUGUCGCCCUACAGGUGCUGCAAAGAACAACAGGGUGGUAUUAGUGGCAUUAUACCCAGUCGUAAGAGAAAGUUUCCAAAUAUAUUAUGACAUAACAGAAAUUAUGGGGAUCCUAAUUGAUCGUUUCAUGGACUUAAACGUUCAAGAUUGUGUCAAAGUGUAUGAGAUUUUCUGUAGAGUUGGGAAGCAGUUUGAUGAACUAGAAAUGUUCUAUUCUUGGUGUAGAACAAUUGGAAUUGCUCGUUCUGCUGAAUAUCCAGAGGUUGAAAAAAUAACCCCCAAGAAACUUGAAGUCAUGGAUGAAUUCAUCAAAGACAGAUCUGCCUUAGCUCAAUGCCAAAACGAUAGAGAAAAAACCCAACCUCAAUUGGAAAUAACAGAGGAAGAACACAAAGAAGAAGAAGAAGAAGAAGAAGUAGAUGUGAACUCAAUUAAAGCUCUUCCACCACCAGAGGAUAUCAAAGAGGAAGAAAUUACAGCCAUAGAAGUGGAAGAAGAAGAGAAAGAAAUUAAAGAAGAUGAAAUGAAGAAGGAUAAUGAUAAUUCAAUGAUGGGUGACUUAUUAAACCUUGGUGAAGAACAUGCAAUGAUAAGAGAAGCAAAUGCAGAUAAAUUAGCUACAGCAUUAUUUGAUGGCAGUGGACCAGUUGAUUCAUCAGUUAAAGCAUUACCAUGGCAAGCAUUUAAUGAUGAUUCAGCAGAUUGGGAAACGGCUUUAGUUCAAUCAGCAAGUCAUUUACCAAAUCAAAAAGCUGAUCUUGGAGGAGGAUUUGAUAUGCUUCUUUUAGAUGGAAUGUAUAAACAAACAGCAGUAAAGUCAACAAUGGCUGGAUCAGGAUAUGGGGUGAGUGGCAGUGCAAGUAGUAUGGCACUUGGGUCUGCAGGGAGGCCAGCAAUGCUUGCAUUGCCAGCCCCUACAACGCCUGAAGGCAGUGGGACGAGCUCGUCCUCAGUUGUAAGCGAUCCGUUUGCUGCAUCGGUGGCGGUGGCGCCUCCGCCGUAUGUUCAGAUGUCGGAGAUGGAGAGGAAGCAGAAACUGUUGGUGGAAGAGCAACUCAUGUGGCAGCAAUAUGCAAGAGAUGGAAGACAGAUACAGCAUAACCCUUAUACAGGAGGUUUCACACACAGUUAUUAGGGCUUUGUUUUGGCUUCACUUGUUUCCAAUCAAACUCACAUUGUAAUUUUUAUGCUAAUUUAGUUUCUAUUCAUCUUUUUUAUUUUGUUUAAUAUUUUUCUUUUGUGAUUUUUUUUUGUUUUUUACUCAGUAAAAAACAACAAAAACAGUGUUUGUAUGUGCUGUUACUUUUGGUAGAGAUGACACAAGGUAAAUAAAUAAACAAACUAUUUAACAA